AUGUUGCUUUCUCCAAAUCUCGACUCUCAUACAUCGUCGGAUUUGAGGGGGAGUGACACUGCUGCUCAUAUAUUCCGCUGCAAUUCAGCUACCUAUUUGCCAUGGCUGAUUCUUCUACAUCUGAGCGUCAGUCAGCUUCUGUUUCUUAAGUGUCACUUUUCUUGUGGUUCCGACGACCACUUCUCUUCAGGGGGAGAGGGGGAGUGA